AAACCAAAGCCUGAGUGACGUAUGUUACACUUUUUUCUUGUUUUUUUUGCGGGAAAAACAGUUAGCUGGCUAGAUACUCAACCAAAAAUAACGUAUCGGUUUGUGUACAAAGGCAAUACUUGUAUUUCUGAAAUACCUUUUCUCAAACGCAUUCUUAGUUAAUGUUCAAGUGGCACGAACGUGAGUACUGUAUGCAGCUGAAGAUGUUUACAUGCUAGCAUGGUCAGCUAACCAUGUUGUUAUUUUAGCCCAGCACCACACAGCUGACUUCGAAAUGUCAAGAAUGGAGAGUUUACUUGUCAAAGAGAGUCCGCUGUUGUUACCACUCAACAAGGAUAAAACUGUCUAUGAUGGAUUUAUCACGGUUCAGGAGAGAGACUUCAGAAUAAGAAUACUGCUUCCACCAGAUCAUCAACUUAAACUGGCUAAGCUUCAAUGCUGCUGGCAGUUGAAACAGCUAUUGUGUGGAUAUGGACACAUAGUAAAACAGAGAUUACAUCACUCUCCUGAUCUAGUCAGCUUUGUUCUGGAGCUGAAGACUGUCCUGGAAGUGGCCCUCAAGUGCAGGCCAGAGUGUCGCUCUAUCCCCCCUCCACAGUACUACUCUCAGCUCAUCAUUGAGAUGGAGGACCUGGGAUGGGAUAAGCUGGUGUCCAUUGACACGGAGUUCCGCACACUGAGACUGAGGGCUGAGGACUCCUCAGGGCGACAGCACGUCGUCACCGUCAAACUGAAGCCCAAGCACCCUGUAGAGGCCCCAUGGUGCUCCGCAGACCUACCUGUUCCACUGGCCCUGACUUGGACACCACAGAGUUCUCUGGGUCAUGUUCACACUCAGUUCCUGCUGCUUCUAGAGUCUCUGGCUGAGUUUUGGGCGGUUCUAGAUGAGAUCGAUGAAAAGACCUGGGUUCUAGAGCCAGAGAAACCCAGCAGAGCCGACACCAUGAGGAGGAUUGCCAUCGCAAAUAACGUGUCCAUAAAAGUGGAGGUUGACACGCAACACCCAAAGAUGUUGCCAGAGUGCUGCCUGCUUGGAGCUGAGCAUGUGGUAACACCUUUGAGGAACAAGCUGAAUGCCAACAUGCAUUUAUGGAACCCGGACUGCAGCAUCUUGCAAAACCUCCGGGAUGUUUUGGAGAUAGAAUUCCCAUCACCUGCCACCCACGAAAAAUCUAGUUUCAGUGCGGAGUGUGGGAUCUGUUACGCCUACCGUCUGGAGUCAGCCAUUCCUGAUCAGGUGUGCAACGACCCUCGCUGCGGCCAACCCUUCCACCAGGCCUGUCUGUACGAAUGGUUGCGUGGACUACCUUCCAGUCGCCAGAGCUUCAACAUAGUGUUUGGAGAGUGUCCCUACUGCAGCAAGCCCAUUACAGUGAAGAUGUCCACCCAGAAACCUUGAGAGCUGACUGAAGCCUGGGCCUAGAGCUAUAUGGUUUAACAUGAGCCUUAGCAAAUACAUAAUACAUCUCAUCUAAUGUAUAUCGUCUCACUCACGUCAUGACACUAUAGCGAACUGGAGUAAGAGUUGGGGAUGAUGCAAACCUAAAAUAGGCAUGAUGAAUAGGAAACAACAAAAAAGCUCAGAGUUGCAGGGAAACAGCACCCAGUCAUCAUUCAGGACUGUCAGCCAGAGUGAAUAGAAAGGCCAGGGACAGGAAUAAGACCACCAAGGCACUACAGUACAGUGUGACAUUACAGCCACUCUUCUGUUUGGGAGAAGGCUCUGCUCUCUGGCUGUAUUCCUCCCACUCACCACAGUCAUAUAUGUGGAUGGGACUUUCCCAGUGGUCAGAUUCUGGGGGAUUGUGCUUAUUACUCUUACCCCCACACCGGUGGUCAUGGUUGAAGAUUUCUGAACCAUCCUCUUUGUACAGAUGUUUUUCCCAGUGUGUCUGACUGUGGUCCUCCCACUGGUCAUCAUGUGUUUGACCCAAUUUGCUUUUUGUAGGGGUUGUACUUUCUCUGGGUUGGAACAGUCUAUGGUUGACUUGUGGUCUUGAUGUCACAGCAACGCCGUCAUCAGCAACUAUUUUCCUGACGCGACGUUUGGUUUGUGUUGAUGUUUUCUGUUAGGGGAUAAUUCACACAUUUGCUUGGGUUUCUUCCAUUGACCUGAACUUUUGUAACAGCCGUUAAUGUGAAAUUACAACAAAGGCAAUUUUUUAAAAAUUAUCACAAUUUUAAAAAGUGAUUUAUUUUGGGUUUGAACUUGCUCUGAUAAAACGUAUUUCAUUAUCAGUUGGGCGUCAAUGUAAAGUAGCUGGUCAUUUUGUCCAUUCUUGUAAAACCAGUUGGACAACAUUCUAGUAAAAUGCUGUGAAUCCUGUCAAUAUUGCAGGACUUAGUGCCUUGGCCUCACCGCCUGUUCUGGCUGGGGCUUGGAAUUGGGUGGUCCUCUGAUGUAUUGAGACGGCACAGGUCUGGGUCUUUCCAUCUCUUCCUCACUCUCGUCAUCCUCCACAUAUACAGACUUUGGUUUGGACGACCCUCUAGCUCGUCCUGCUUUCUGUGGGGAAAAGAUACAAGAAGACCGGAUUGAGAUUUCACGUGAAGCUAGCAUGCACUAGUUUAUGACAACAUACUCCUGGACAUUUCCUGCUUGUGAAUUCACUAACAACUUACCCCAUGUUCUGACUGGGGGUUGGAUACUGGUGGUCCCCUAAUGUAGCGAGAUGGUACAGGCUUGGGUCUCCCCUCUUCAAUCUCCAUCUUUUCUUCAUCACUGUCAUCCUCCACAUAUAUAGGCUUUGGUUUGGAGGCCCCUCUAGUUGCAGGUUUAGCCCUGCCCGCUUUCUGUGGGGAAAGGACACCGGAAUAAUUAUUUCAUGUGACGCAAACGAACAACUGAAUGAAAACAUACUUUACUCCUGUUGUCAACACUUCAGAAUAAAAGGGCAUUUCUCCAUGUGUGUCCACUACUGUACAUUCCAAUACAUUUAUUUUGGGGUCAUAUUGUACUAAAAACCAGUUGCAAACAACUCAGUAAAGUUUGGUGAAUCCCGUUUAUAGCCAACACCUUUACACCCUUGGGUGGUACAGGUUUGGACCUCGCUUCAUCCAACUCCAUCUUCUCAUCCUCUUCACUCUCCUCAUCCACCACAACUACGGGCUUUAGUUUGGAUGAGCCUCUACCUCGGCCUGCUUUCUGUGGGGAAAGGAAGAGAGGGUGAGGGGCUUAGUUAGAGGCUAGCAUGCAACUGUUUCUGAUAGUAGAAACUUGCUUGAUUCUCCAUUGACCAGGAGAAGGCCACCUACUGUGUUGAAGACGAAGAAUUAUUCAUUUGUCUUUGAAUGAUGAAGAUAAAUAAUAAUACGGGAGUCCGUACAGGACAAAUGAUGUGACAACGACUAACUACCUAUUGGAUAUCAUGAAAUCGGGGAGGAAAAAGGAGUAAAUAACAAUAGAGGAGUAGGACAGACACUGAAAGCAGCCUUUCCAUGACCCCUAUUAAUUCGACUGACAUUUACACUCACUUUCCAAACCUCCAAAAAUUGACUUCUAUUUGACUACAGAUCCAACUGCCCAGCAGUUCAGCAUGGAAAUGAGAGAAAAUUAGAACAAUUAUGGCUGCUGAUCCUCUGCGCCUGUAAAGUGUGUGUAAAGUGUGUGUCAUCAAUCGCCUCAAAUUGGGCUGUUUUGGCCAUCUGCGGGUCAAGUUAGUCACCAUUGGAGGCUCAAGUGAUUCCGGUAAAUUCCAGAAAAUCACCACCUCUCCGCUCCAGAGCCUCUUGAGGGGGACGAGGUGUGCCUCCGUGGGGGUCAGGGGCAAGUUGACCCCCUUUACUGCGGUCAAGAUCCCCGCCAGGCAUUUAGAGAAGAAAAUGUGAUUCACCUCUACACCGCUAUGCAAAGAGCCAGAGAGAUGACAUAUUUGGUACAGUCCAAUUGAAAUGCACAUAUUUGAUGAGAAAUACUUUCUGGAGUGUAUGUGUGUUGUAAAUAAAGACCUGGAUUUGUGGC